CGCGUAACAGCGAUAGACGCAGCUCACGCCAGGAUUGCACCGUACGCGCAUCAUGUCCGCAUUGUCCUUUUCGAAAGGGACGAUUUCCUUCUUUUCGAGCGUCUCUGUCGCGAUGCGCAAUGCGAGCCACGACCAAUGCGCCUCCCCGAACGCAUGGUCGAGGCCGAAAAGCGCGGUUUCUUUUCCGAAAGCCAGUUGAGUAAGAUCGAGAAAUGGAUCGUCAAACUGGACUGGAAGCAUGCGUUCCAGAUCGAGGCCCUUCUGCGGAACGGACUGCUCAACACGGAGGACCUCUUGAUCGACCUCCGACCGUUGAUCGACAAGCUGAUCAAGAACGAGGGCGAACAAGCGGCGGACAUCUUACGGCACUUCCACGACACGCUCAAAGAGCGUAAGCUUGGCGAGUCUCCACGUAAGUGCUUUGAGCGUGUAUGUGUCGGGCUCCCGCACAUCCAGAACAUCGAGCUGUCCAGUGGCUCGUUCUCCUGCCAUCGUAUCACCUUCACCCCCACGCGUAUGCUCCUUGAAGGCCCCUACGUGACACAGUCCAACCGAGUCAUCCGUCGAUUCCAGGAGCGCAAUCCCAGGCUCAUCGAGAACUUCAUUCGCGUCGAUUUUAGGGACGAGGAUCGCCUGUCAUACCGUUGGGACCGCGAUGUCGAUGGUGCUUGGUUCCUCCAGCACCGGGUGGGCAGAAUCCUGAAAGACGGGUUCAUCCUCGCCGGCAGGGCAUUCGAGUUCCUUGCCUACUCGUCCUCCGCGCUCCGCGAGCACGCCGUUUGGUUCAUGGCGCGCUUUGAAGACCCGGUAGAGGGCUGGAUGACAGCGGAGAAGAUCCGACAAUCCCUGGGCGACUUCUCUAGCGUUAUCAAGCAGCCGUCGAAGUACGCUGCUCGGAUCGCGCAGGCCUUCACAGCGACGGACCCGUCUGUGAAAAUCAGAUGGGACCAGUGGGAAGAGAUGCCUGACUUGGUUCCUGUGGAGGCCCAAUACGAGGAAUACCUGUACACCGAUGGUGUCGGCACGAUAUCACCACAGCUCUCGAACAUGAUUUGGGAGAAACUAUGUGAAAAGCGUCGGGACUCGGGCGUUAAUAGUGUGCAGCCAUCCGCAUACCAAAUACGGUUCCUUGGAUACAAAGGUGUAGUCGCCGUGGACGAACGGCUUGAAGGCGUGAUCAUGCGACUGCGCCCGUCUAUGAGAAAAUUUACAGUGCCGGGCGUCGAAGAGGCAGACAUUGAAAUCGCGCGGGCGUUCCCGCGGCCGAACGCAACCUACCUGAAUAGGCCGAUGGUGUCCAUACUAGAAAGUAAUGGAGUCCGGGCAGAGACCUUUCUGGAGCUUCAAAAUUUGGCAAAAGCUAGUGUGUUCACUGCCGGCGAUUCACUUGAUAACUUCUUGCUGUUGCUAAAGGGCAACGGUCUGGGAUACGGCUUUCACCUGCCAUUCAUCCUCGAUAAACUAAGCAAGCUGAACCUGGACAUGACGGACAGAGAUGGUAAGGUGGCCAUCGCCAAUGUGUUCAUCGGCCGCUUGUUGCGGUACUCCAUGAACGAUGUCCUGCGUGAUAUCAAGCAUAAAGCUCGCAUUCGAGUUCCGGCCAGUUAUCAACUCGUUGGAAUUGCAGAUGAGGGAGAGGCAUAUAUCCAAGAGGGGGCAGACCGUAAAGACGUCUAUACAUUGCCCGAAAUGCACAUCUUCGCAUGCAUACAGGAGUCUCCAGAAGACGAGCCCAAGUUUCUCAAGGGUCAAUGUGUUAUAUCCAGGAGCCCGGUUGUCCACCCUGGCGAUGUCCAAAGAGUGUAUGCCAUAGGCGAGCCUCCCAAAGACAAAGUCUGCUUCUUCCGACACUUGAAGAACGUCGUCGUCCUUCCUAGUGCCGGCGGGCGGCCCUUGGCGUCCUGCCUUGGCGGCGGCGACUUGGAUGGAGACCCGUAUGAUAUAUACGCGGAGAACCCGAAGCUGCUUCCAACAGGGCACGAAAAUGCAGCCGAGUACAUCAGCGCAGGUACUCGCACGAUAGAGCAAGACAGCACGAUCAACGACAUAUGUGACUUUGUCGUCGAGUAUAUCAACUCUGACGUUUUGGGUCUGCUAUCCGACAAACAUCUUGUCAUCGCCGACCAAUCCAGCGAAGGCCCCCGCGACGCGCGCUGUCUGAAGCUCGCCCAGCUCUGCUCCCAAGCCGUCGACUACCCGAAGAACGGCAUCCCCGUCGACCUCGACGCGAACCCGCUCCCGCGCUCGCUCAUCCCGUUCAAGCCCGACUGGAAGAAGGCCGAGGUCUCCGACGCGCGCGACGCCGACUACUACGAGUCGGACCGCGCGCUCGGCGUGCUCUUCCGCAACAUCGAGCUCGUCGACCCGCAUGCGCCGCUCGCCCUCCCCGACGCGCCGACCGACCCGUACGCGGACCCGAUCUUCUGCGCCCUCGCCCCGCUCAUCAAACGCACGCUCACCACUUCGUCGCCCCUCACCGCUCUGCCCCCUGCGACCCCCACCACGCCCACCCCACCGCUCCCGCCCGCCGAGCUCGACACGCUCUUCGCUCACUACACCCGCGAGCUGCACUACAUCCGCGCGACGCACACGCUCACGGACGCGCCGGACGUCCGUCUCGCGGAGGAAGAAGUUGUCGUCGGCACGAUCCUCGCCAAGUGCACGCAGCCGCGCUGGCGCGCGAACCGCACGUUUGCGAUGAAGCUCCACGCCGGUGCGCUCGUGCACGACGUGCAGAACCGCAUCGUGCCCGACAUCGGGCGCGCGGACGACGCAGCACUGGGUGCGGGCCUCGUGCGCGCGUGGGAGGCGUUCGAGUGGACGUAUGCACAUCGCAGGAGGACCGGGAUGAACAGCUUCAGCCUGCUCAUGCUGGGUCUGGUGCUGGACUGUUUGCAUAGGCUGAACGCGUUGUGAUGGCCUACUUGUGCGGGUCUUGUUUGAUUUGCGAAUCUUAUCUCACAGAAUGUUGUGCUUUCUCCUGUAUUAUCUUCUCUCGCAUACUGCCUCGUCGUUGACCUCUAUACCGCACAUACUCAAGCACUCUCUGACACCUCAUUGCAUAUCCAUUUUGACCUGUAUUCC